AUGGCUAAAGGGUUUCUUACUGUGGUGCUUCCAGAUGCUAAGAAUCCUAAGGUCAAUGUUGAUCCAAAUGGAACAUUCACGUUCUCUGCCUCCGGUGGGGCAGACAACAACCUUUAUGAGCUCAAACUUGAUCUUCUUGAUAAAAUUAAUGUAGAGGAGAGCAAAAUAAACAUUGGUGAAAUUUUCUGUGUUUUGGAGAAAGCUGAACAGAAAUGGUGGAAGAAGCUAUUACGUGGAGAUGAAAAGAUACAUUAUGUGAAAGUAGACUGGGAUAAAUGGGUGGAUGAAGAUGAUGGGAUGAGCGAUAUUCGGGAUCGCAUCUUCGCGUCCGAGCCCCAAGACUGCUGCCGGCCGAUUAAUAUGCACGGGCCUGCACGUUCCCUAGGAUGUCAAGAUCGAUUGUAUGCAUUGGGAGGACCGCCGCCGCCCGGAAGCGGAUACACACUUCCGCCAAAGCCAAGCAUCUCACGUUUGAUCCUUGAAGCCGUAGCCGACUACCGGCCAUGGAUAUGGCAUGCUUAUUUUGGAGUGGUCUGGCCGAACAACGACAUCAACGCCUCCGCCUCGCCCCCGUUCAACGAUCGCGCAAUGGCGUUGGUCCCGCUAUCGCUUGCCGCCAACGGCAAUCAGCACAACAUGGGAUACUAUUUCAAGAUGAGAUAUACUCCAACCGGCCCGCUUUUGUGA